AUGUACAACGACAUCACGAAGCCUCCUCCACCGCUGCCGACGCCUCGCUUGCAGCAGUUGAAGCCUGGGGUUUCGUUGUUGCCGCCGCUCUCUCGCCGGGGCCAUGGACCAGGACUGAUCCUCUUGACUCCCGACGACAGAGACAUAGACACAGACACAGACGGCAAGCUGGCCCUGGCCCUGGCCAUCAAGAAAGGCGUGCCGUCUCUUCUGGUCAAAUGGGCCGAAGAGGGCUACGCGGUGGUGGGCAUCCAGGAGCGGGCGGCUCUGGCUGCUGGCUCUGGCUCUGACUCUGCUUCUGCCUCAAACAUAUCGACGCUGCUGACCACCGCCAUCGAAGCCCUGUCACGCUGCGAAGAAUGCGACGACCAUGGUCAAGGCAAACUCAAAAUUGGACUGGUCGUAUACCAUCCCAAGCUGUGGAAUCUCGUGGCCCCGGCCUUGUCGGACAAGUCGGAAAUCGUGGCUGCCGUCAUCUACGCCACCGCUGCCGAUGAGGCGAGCCUCGCCGCCACCACCGCAGCUCCAGUUCUACGACACCUGGCUGGUAGCUUUCGCUCCGGCUCUGGCGCUGACCCUGGCGAGUCGGUUGCCGUUCAGACGAAGCGGGCGUCGCUGCUGCCCUCCUCCUCCUCCUAUUACCAUCCAAAGGCCAAAACGCACGAGUUCGCCAUUCCUUUCCAGCCAUCUUUCGACUACGGCACCGAGGCGCUCUCGCACACUCGAACCCUGAGCUUCCUCAAGCCUUUGAUGGGAGGGCCGUAUUUCGACCUCGAAGCCAUUUGGGACGAGCACACUUACUACGAGUUUGCCGAUCGCUCGGUCGAACAUACCAUGAGCACCAUGGUUCAGGAGCCUUACGUCAACCACAUCCCCACGAUGAACGGAGGCAUCGGCCGCGAACCUUUGACCGACUUUUACCGCCACAAUUUCAUCUUCAACAACUCAGCCGACACGGAAACCGAGCUCCUCAGCCGCACGCUCGGCAUCGACCGCGUGGUCGACGAGUUCCUUUUCAAGUUCACCCAUGACAAGAUGCUAGAUUGGCUACUUCCCGGAGUUCCGCCUACGCACCGAAAGGCCGAGGUCCCUUUCACAGCAGUCGUCAACAUCCGAGGAGACCGCUUGUAUCACGAACAUAUCGCAUGGGACCAGGGAACUGUGCUGGUGCAACUGGGCCUCAUGCCGGAAUACCUCCCCUUCCCUUAUCCGCUGCCGCCGGGGUCCACCGCUGCCACGCCCGGCAAGCAGGUCCAAUAUAGGGUGCCGGUGGCUGGUGUCGAAACUGCCUUGAAGAUGGCUGAUCGGAAUUCGGUGCCGUCCAAUGAACUGUUCAAGUAUCGCAUUAGAGAGGUCUGA